CGCAAUUUGUCAGAGCCGAGACGGACGGACGUGUGCGUCCUCGCUGCUCCACCUUCACCUCUUCAUCCCACAAACCGCGGGCACGCUUCAGUCUGACUGGAACCUUGAACCUCUCCCCUCUCCCCAUCAGGCUCUUAUCGCAUAUUUCAGCUCGCUCGUGUCUUUUGUGUGAUUUCCCCCCCCUGCUGAAUCCUUUUGAGUUGACUGGUACCAGGAGGAGGGGAAGAAGGAGGAGGAGGAAGAGGAAAAAGCGCCUUGCAGGGGGAAAAGAGGAGAAUAAUGCAAGAUUGCAAAGCGGACUCCUGCACUGAUUUUUCUCCGAUUUCAAAGUAAACCCCUACAACGCUUUUGUUCGCGUAGAGGAGGAGAGGCACGCCGGAGAAGCCGAGGGACAAGGGGGCUGCAGCCUCACGAGCAAGCCGAGGGACCAUCACCACAGACCCGGGAGCGUCCUCGACUCACAGGGGCUCUCACCCGGACACCCGGAGAGGAAACAUGUCCACGAAAUUCAAGAAGGAUAAGGAGAUCAUAGCGGACUAUGAGACCCAAGUGAAAGAGAUCCGUAACCAGCUGGUGGAGCAGUUCAAAUGCUUGGAGCAGCAGUCGGAUUCUCGCAUCCAGCUGCUGCAGGACCUGCAGGAGUUCUUCCGCCGCAAAUCUGAGAUCGAACUGGAAUACUCCCGCAGCUUAGAGAAGCUGGCCGAGAGGUUCUCCUCCAAGAUCCGCAGCUCCAGGGAACAUCAACAGUUCAAAAAAGACCAGCACCUGCUGUCCUCAGUAAACUGCUGGUACCUGGUGCUAAACCAGACAAGGCGUGACAGCCGGGACCAUGCCACCCUCAGCGAGAUCUACACCAACAAUGUCAUUGUCCGCUUGACCCAGAUCUGUGAGGAUGUCAUCCGCCUGUUCAAGAAGAGCAAGGACAUUGGGAUCCAGAUGCACGAGGAGCUGGUGAAAGUGACAAAUGAACUCUACACUGUGAUGAAGACAUACCACAUGUAUCACACCGAGAGCAUCAGUGCAGAGAGUAAGCUGAAGGACGCAGAGAAGCAGGAGGAGAAGCAGUUCAGCAAGUCGGGAGAUCUCAACGUGAACCUCCUGCGUCACGAGGACCGCCAGCCGAGACGCAGCACCGUCAGGAAGAUUGAGAAGAUGAAAGAGAAGAGGCAAGCCAAGUACUCCGAGAAUAAGCUGAAAUGCACAAAAGCCCGGAAUGACUAUUUGUUGAACCUGGCAGCGACAAAUGCAGUUGUGGCGAAGUAUUACAUCCAUGACGUCUCCGAUAUGAUUGAUUGCUGUGACCUCGGCUACCACGCCAGCUUGGCCCGCACCUUCAGGACAUAUUUAUCCGCCGAGUACAACUUGGAGACCUCCCGUCACGAGGGACUGGACAUCAUUGAGAAUGCAGUGGAGAACCUGGACUCUCGCAGUGACAAGCACAAGAUCAUGGAUAUGCAUAACCAGGUGUUCUGUCCCCCGAUGCGCUUUGAAUACCUGCCGCACAUGGGAGAUGAGGUGUGCCAGGUGAGUGCCCAGCAGCCUGUCCAGACUGAACUCCUGAUGCGCUACCACCAACUGCAGUCUCGCUUAUCCACGCUGAAGAUUGAGAAUGAGGAGGUGAGGAAGACCUUGGAUGCUACCAUGCAGACGAUGCAGGACAUGCUGACGGUGGAGGACUUUGACGUGUCGGACGCCUUCCAACACAGCCGCUCCACUGAAUCCAUCAAGUCCGUGGCGUCUGAGUCCUACAUGAGCAAGAUGAACAUCGCCAAGAGGAGGUCGAACCAGCAUGAGACUGAAAUGUUCUACUUUUCGAAAUUCAAGGAGUUCCUGAAUGGCAGUAACCUCAUCAUUAAGCUGCAGGCCAAGCAUGACUUACUGAAGCAGACACUGGGUGAAGGGGAACGGGCCGAGUGUGGGACUACACGGCCCCCCACCCUUCCCCCUAAACCACAGAAAAUGCGGAAGCCUAGGCCACGCUCUCAGUAUAACCAUAAGCUGUUUAACGGCAAUAUGGAGACCUUCAUCAAGGAUUCAGGGCAACCUAUUCCACUGGUUGUUGAGAGCUGUGUACGAUACAUCAAUUUAUACGGCUUGCAGCAGCAGGGCAUAUUCCGUGUGCCGGGAUCACAGGUGGAGGUCAAUGAUAUUAAAAACUCAUUUGAGAGAGGUGAGGAUCCCUUGGUCGACGACCAGAAUGAGCACGAUAUUAACUCAGCGGCAGGCGUGCUGAAGCUGUACUUCCGGGGGCUGGAGAACCCGAUAUUCCCAAAGGAGCGCUUCCUGGACUUCAUCUCGACCAUCAAGCUGGAGUCCGGAGCCGAGCGAGCGCACCACAUCCAGCAGAUCGUUGUGACUCUUCCUCGCACCAUCAUCAUCGUCAUGAGAUAUCUGUUUGCUUUUCUCAAUCAUGUCUCCCAGUACAGUGACGAGAACAUGAUGGAUGAAUACAACCUGGCUAUCUGCUUUGGCCCAACCCUGAUGCCCAUCCCAGAUGGGCAGGAUCCUGUAGCCUGCCAGGCACAUGUGAACGAGGUCAUCAAGACCAUCAUCACCCACAAUGAACUCAUCUUUCCCAGUCUACGUGAGCUGGACGGUCCGGUGUAUGAGAAGUGCAUGUCCGGGGGGGAGGAGUACUGUGACAGCCCUCACAGCGAACCAGGGACUAUCGACGAGGCUGAUAAUGGAACCGAACAACACACCAGUGAUGAAGAGGUUGAACAGAUUGAAGCCAUUGCCAAGUUUGACUAUGUGGGCCGCAGUCCCAGGGAGCUGUCCUUCAAGAAGGGAGCCUCCCUUCUCCUGUAUCACAGAGCCUCUGAAGACUGGUGGGAGGGUCGUCAUAAUGGUGUCGAUGGUCUCAUCCCACAUCAGUACAUUGUCGUACAAGACCUUGAUGAUGCUUUCUCAGACAACCUCAGCCAGAAAGCAGAUAGUGAAGCGAGCAGUGGACCCUUACUGGACGAUAAGAGCUCAUCUAAAAAUGAGGUCCCAUCGCCAUGUGAACAAUCACCUGACUACAACUACGGAGGAGUCAUGGGGAGGGUUAGGUUACGGUCCGAUGGAGCUGCAGUCCCGCGUCACCGGAGCGGAGCAGAAACCCACAGUCCCACCAGAGUGACUGACACUCCACCGCGAGCUGCAGCCUGCCCCAGCAGCCCCCACAAGGUGUCUAUAAGCAAGGGUCGUAUGGAGAGCCCAGAAAAGAGGCGCCUCGGAACCUUUGGCAGCGUCGGCAGCAUCAACCACCCGGACAGGAAGGCUUAUCCUGAGGGCCACCCGCUGAGACCAGGACCAGGGGCCACUCGUCACAGCAGCCUCGGGGACCACAAAUCGCUGGAGGCCGAGGCUCUUGCUGAGGACAUAGAGAAGACUAUGACUACAGCGUUGCAUGAGCUACGUGAGCUGGAGCGACAGAACACGGUGAAACAGGCCCCUGACGUGGUCUUGGACACCCUGGAGCCCAUGAAGAACCCGGUCAGCUCGGAGCCCGGCAGUCCGCUGCACACGAUCAUGAUCCGCGAUCCGGACGCGGCCAUGCGGCGCAGCAGCAGCUCCACCUCUGAGAUGAUGAGCACCUUCAAACCGUCCCUGUCCGCCCGCCUGGCCGGGGCUCAGCUCCGCCCGCCGCCCAUGAGACCGCUGCGCCCUCCCCCGACGCAGCACCGCUCGAGCAGCUCCAGCUCUUCGGGAGUCGGCAGCCCCGCCGUAACUCCUACCGAGAAAAUGUUUCCAAGUAACAAUUCAGCUGCUGGUUCUAACAUGAACCUGUCCGGGGACGCUGGGGAUAAAUCAGGUACCAUGUAGCGAAGGUGGAAUCGGGUGGGAAGGUUGUACAGCUUUCCAACUAGGGGAGCUCAUGGAAGUCAGUGCUGAUAUGGGAAAUGCAGAUAUUUCCCUCUCAGUUUUCCGCCUGACUUAAUUCAUUUAUUCAGGAAGCUCCUGAAGCAAGCCUGCAAGAUGUUACCAGGGUGAUGAAGCGGUUGAAGAAACUGCAGAGGUGUGAUGGCGUGUAGCUCAGCUCUCUUUGAAACUUGAUUUAACUCCAGUAAAUGCGUAUACGAAAUCGGGUGUUUCAGUUUGACCUCAAUCCCAACGAAAGUCUGUGGCCGUGUUCUCGUUUCAGAGAUACAUUGAAUGCAAGUGAAGCAAUACUUGUGUAAAAAUUGGUAUCAGUUUCUACUCAGCACCACUGUCCAGCGGAUGUUUGUGUCCACCUUCAGGCUAAAACUCCAUGUCUAUUUAUCACUGAGGUCCAUAGGCCUUAAGUCUGUACAUACAAACUUACUUGAAUCUGCCAUGAUUUCUGUUUGUACUAUACUUCAGUGGAUGUGCAACAACACAGUGACAUUAUAUACGUCUGCAUGCAGGGUUUGAAGAAUAUAAGGGAAACUCAAGGAGACGUGCAUCACUGAGAGGAGAGUUCUUUUAUGUGGCCGUAGUAAGAAUGAAAUAUUAGGAAGAGAAGCUCCUGUUUUGGAAACAAGUGGAUUUAACUGUGUUUAAAAAAUAUAUAUAUGCAUACACCUCCUUAUUUUGGUGUAAAAGGGUCUAAUACUUCAGGGCCUUACAGUGUUAUUCUCAUCCUGUUCAUUGCUAAAGAUAAAAGUAUCUCAAUUCUCGGACCUUACUAAUCCGAAUCUUCACAAAGUAAGAUGUCACAUGACGUUUCUGUGUCCAUGUUUUAUUUCUACGUCCUGUUUAUGAAAUGCAGAAAACUAAUGCAUCAACUAAUGUAGGAUUUCAUGUGGUAAACUUGUACAUAAUAUAGAGCUAGUACUUUUUUAAGUGUUAAACUGUACAGGCCAAGACAAAAAAAAAAGGCAAAGGGUCGAUGUGAAUGGCACUUGUAAAAAAAAUACAUUAUUCACCUUAUUAUCAUCUCCAGGAAACUACAGACACAUUCUUUGUCUGUGUGAAAUAUAGUUCAAAUUAUCUACCUUGUGCUGUGGGUGUAGAGUGCGUUUGGUAAUUGUACCGUAGAGAAACUUGAUUGCUGUUAAACUGACCACAAAGGUUGAAUAAAUGCCCCCUCCCUUUUCACACAGUGGAUCAAAUUAGACCCGUUCCCUUCUGCAGACUCAUUUGGGCGAUUUUGUUAUUGCGUGAGAGUCGUUAAAAACCACAGUUCCCUCUUUCAAACUGAAGAUGCAGCGCUCACUCAGAGGGAAGCGAGAGUCCAUGUUGUGACGUUCUCUUAUCAAAUCUGUCCCCCCCUCUUUCCUGCCUUCUCCUUAGCUCCCUUGAUAGAUGCAGUUACGCUCUGACUGUCGUCUUGUUGGAAGGGAAAAACUAAACAAGAGCAUUUUGGGUGUUUGUUUCCACCGUAGCUCUCGUCAGUCUGACAGCUCCAGUCCAGAGACCUUGUUAUCUGCAUCCCAGGCAGCCUGCUCUGUUCUGCAUGCCCUGCGCUGUGGUGCCUGACUCAUUAUGCUGCAGUUAAAACACAGGCUGUAUGUGGUGCCUUGCCUUGGUAAAAAAAAACAAAAAAGAAAGAAGAGAAAUGCACAAAAUAAUUUUAGUAUUGGACUUUUUUAAAGCAACAGGCCUUAACAUUUCUCAGGGCCGGAAAUGAUUAAUAAAGCCGCUUGUAGCAGUUUCAUUUAGUAAUGGAGGAGAACUAACCCUGCUUGACUGAGCAAAAGGAAUCUUAGAUAUUAGCAUGUUAACCAGGAGCUGAGUACAAGCUGCAGUGUCGCUGAGGCACAGGCUGCAAACUGAAAAUAUUUGCUUGUGGUCCAACGUAUUAUUUGCUUUUAUUUGCUUCGGGCAGAAAUAUCCAGGUUGGGAGGAUUCUUGAUCACAGACAGAGAGAAAAAGGCAAUAGAGUAUUUAAAGUCACACAGCGCAGCCACGCCCUCUGCUGGCUCCUGCUGGUUCCUUCUCUUGAUGAAGCCGUGUGACCUGGAGCCGAUAUAACAAACGACUGGUUCAUCCACGUAGCUCAGUUUGUUUCUGUCCAGGUUACAGUUUUUUGCACCUCUGGGAAAAUCUCUGAAUAUAAAAAAAACUAUAUGUUUAUUUAAAUAUGAAGAAAGCACACGAUUUCAUGAAUGAAAUGAACAUCAUUGUACUUAACUAGACUGUUUCUUUUUUAUUUAUAGAGGAGCGGAGGAAGUGGAGCAGGAAAUUUGAGUGCCUUUUGUGCACAGCAUCAGUUUUUAUUGGACUUUUAUACUUUCUUUUUUUUUAACUAUAAUAAAUGUCGUCUAUUAGUUUGUCAUGUUGAUAAUGAACUGAUGUUGCCUCUUUGUUUUUUAUCAUUGCUUUGUAUAGCUUCUAACUCCUCAAACCCCCACAAGGAGUGUGUUGUGUAAAGAUAUGCGUCUUGUGAGUUUUACACAACAACAGUUUUCAUGAACUGCUCGUGUUGUGUUUGGGUGAACCCCUGGAGAACAGGAGCUUUAAAAACUACUGUGCACUCACACCUACUGGGAAUGCUCAGUGGAAUCAUCUCAGAAUCCUUUUUUUUUUGUUUUCCCUGUGAAAUGCCUGUGCUGUGGUUGAGCCGUAACUCUUUGUCAUUGAUAUCCUUCCCUUCCAACGAAAAAAAAAUCAUUGCCGUGUAUAUUGUUGGCAACAGCCGGACUGAUGUGGAUCCUCGAUGUGUGUGGAGGAUGUAAAGCACUUGGUGCGCUCAUGGUUUCCCCUACAUGUGACGUUACACAGACCUUUUUUUCUUUCCUGGAAUGUAUGCUGGGUAACACUGUUGGUCUGCGGACAUGGGAAGACUUCAGGUUUAUAUUGAGAAAAAAAAAAAGAAAAAGAAGAUGGCAGAGAGAGAGGAGACUGAGGCCCGUCGUGUCGUGGGGGGGUCAGAGUGAGUCACUGUCCCACUGUUUACCUUCUCUUUACCUGUUUGUCUAGUGAUUCUGUUUGUUGAUGAGUGUCUGGUUGGUUGAAACCCUGUGAUGUAAUGUAAACCAUACCACUGACUGGAUGUUGAUCUCCCCCCUGCGUCCAAUAAAAACAUUAUUGCUCUGUGA